CGGGUGGUGGCCCGUCGCGACAACCUUGGGCGUCCGUCGAAGAGGGUAACUUCUCGGUGGCUGACGGAUGCUGCACAGCCACAGAUGCCACGCUUAUUUUUUAGUAGGGCUCGUGUUUAACCCAUGCUCACCACCAGGCAAAGCAGCUCUACUCGUACUGUGCUAUACACCACAUCCGCAGCCGCACCAUGUCCCGACCAGAGUUCACCAACGACCGUCUCGGAAUACUGCACGGCAUAACGCAAGAUGAAGCACCCCCGCACUCGGCACCGUCUCCCAAGCGAGCGAAAAAGUCCCACCGCAGCUCGCGCUCUCACUCCGGCGACGACAAAGACCGAGACCGAGACAACGACGGAAACGGGGGUCGGGACCGAGACCGCAAAUCCAAAAAAUUCCGCUUCAAGAAGCCGCACCGUUCGAAGGAGAAAGAGCGCACCAGCUCCAGCCGUCACACCAGCAGUAGCACGUCCAAGACUCCGCGUGACAAAUACCACGCCCCACUAGACGACGACCCGACAGCCUACGACGACAGCUACAUCCCGAACCUUGCGGCGUGGAACUCCUCGUCCGGUGGUCCCGACGCGGCCUUCCGCGAGUCCCUCUUUGACGCCAUGGCGGACGACGAGGGCGCCGCAUUCUGGGAGGGGGUCUACGGCCAGCCUAUACAUGUUUAUCAGCGCCCGCCAGCGAAGGAUGAGAGGGGGGAGCUGGAGAUGAUGGACGACGAGGACUAUGCGAAAUAUGUUAGAGAGAAGAUGUGGGAAAAGAGUCAUGAGCACAUCAUGGAGGAGCGCGUUCGCCGGGAGAGCAAGAGGGAACGGAGGAAGAAGGAGGAAGAAGAGGAGCGGGUUGAGUGGGAACGUGAGGAAAAGGAGCGGCGGGUGAGGGAUAAGUUGAGGAGGGAGAAGAGGUCGAUCGAGAAAAUGCGCGCGCGCUGGGAAGAGUACGCCCAGUACUGGGAAGCUCAUGCCAAAGGGCCAGGCGGCGGUGAUGGUGGGGGUGGUGGUAUACCUUGGCCCGUCGCCUCCGGUAAGUCACGAGAUGUGACAAGGGAAGCCGUCGAGGAGUUUAUUCUUGCCGCUUCCGGUGGUCGGUCAUCUUUGGCGGAUGUUGUCAAGGUGGAGAGGAUACGAUGGCAUCCAGACAAAGCCCAACAGCGGUGGGGCCGGGAUGCUCUCGGCGAGAUGGAAAUGAGGGCCGUCACAACUGUGUUCCAAACCCUGGACGCAUUAUGGGCGGAGCACAAGAAGCAGAACGAGAAACCCUCAUGAACGAUGGUAGCUACAGACGUAGCUUGCGCGGCAUGUUGAUUUUGCAUUACAUGCAAGUACUUGCAAGUACUCGUAAUGCUUUUGACUUCCACUUUAUAGGUGGGUACUUCAUACUUGAUUCGAAUAAUAGCAACGGCGGUAAUGAUAAUUGC